AUAACACGGGAUGAAUAUGGCCGCAGUUAAACUACAGAGGAGUGUUGUGAGUCAGACUGGAAAACACACUGCUUCUGUUAUCUUUCUUCAUGGCUCAGGAGACACGGGGCCAGGUUUGCUCAGCUGGGUUUGUGAUGUUUUGGGACAAAACCUGGCAUUUGAAAACAUCCGGGUGAUUUAUCCCACAGCGCCAUCCAGGCCGUACACACCCAUGCGAGGGGCUCUGUCUCAUGUGUGGUUUGAUCGUCACAAGAUUUCCCAGGAUUGCCCGGAACACUUGGAGUCUAUAGAUUCCAUGUGUGAUCAUUUAAGCGCCAUUGUCCAAGAUGAGAUCCGAGCCGGGAUACCUAAACACAGGAUGGUUAUUGGUGGCUUCUCUAUGGGUGGUGCCAUGGCACUACAUCUGGGUUCCAGGUACCAGCCGGAUGUUGCUGGCAUCUUCGCUCUGUCCAGCUUUCUUAACAAAGACUCGGUUGUAUAUCAGGCAGUAGAAAAUGCAACACAGCGCCCCCUACCUGAGCUCCUCCAGUGUCACGGCACAGCGGAUGAGCUGGUUUUCCAUAGCUGGGGCAAGGAGACAAACUCACUGUUGGAGAAAGCUGGCCUCAACACGUCUUUCCAUUCCUUCCCAGACCUCAACCAUCAGUUGUGUCGACAAGAACUGGAGUUACUACGGUCCUGGAUCCUUAAGAAACUUUCCCUUUAGAGCAUCCUUAAUGCUGGACAAAGAACACUCCUUGGCCAUAUACAACCUAGAAUAAUCAUCGCCAUUUUUUUUAUUUUUUUUUUUAUUUAAAUAUAAAACUUGAGUCAAACAGUAAAGGAAAACCAAGCAAGCGUGCAGCAUACACUACUGUUCAAAAGUUUGGGGUCGGUAAGAUUAUUAAAUGUUUUUGAAAGAAUUAUCUUCUGGUCACCAAGGCUGCAUUUAUUUAAUUAAAAAUACAGUAAAAACA